AUGAGUGAAUACAAAGAGAGAACUCCACAAUUCCAAUUCAGUGGAGAACCUGAAGACUACGAUACCUUUGGAUUGAAGUACAUAGCAAGAGCUAGCAUCAAAAGAUCCGAUGGAGUGAUCACUGGAGAAGUGACUCUACAAACCAAACCAGAGAUGGAUGCUGAAACUGACGCAGCAAAGAUUAAGGAAGACAAGGAGAUCAGCGAGAUGAACAUCAAAGCCUUCAGUGGCUUGAUGAUCAGCAUGAAAACUGACAUGACAGAAGGAAAGGUUGCUUUCAAUUUGGUAGCCGGAAGCAGAGACAAAGUCAACUACCCAAAAGGAAAUGCGAAAGAAGCAUGGGACAAGUUGAAGGAUGAGUAUGAGCCAGAGACAAUCACCUCGUACAUCAAGAUGAAGAGCAAGCUAAACAAAUGUCACCUUGAGAAGUUUGCUAAUCCAGCUUCGUAG